CUCGGAUGCGGCAGAAGCACUACCUGCAGGCGGCGGCGCGGGGGCUGCGGGCCGGCUGCCCGGGCGAGGCGCGCUACCUGCUCUGGGCCUACAGCCGCGCGCAAGAUGACAAAGGCACCUUUGAAGAAACAUGUCCCUACUGUUUCCAGUUGCUGAUUCUCGAUAACGUGCGAGUGCGACUCAAACCCAAGCCCAAACUGACACCGAAAAUACAGAAACUCCUUAAUCGAGAAGCCAAGAAUCAAAUCCUCAGUUUCAAAGACUCCAAAAUGGUGAAGAAGUACAAAGAAUCCAAAAAUGUACUGUUGGUCACUUGUAAAACAUGCAACAGGACAGUGAAGCAUGAUGGUAAGAGUAGAAGUUUUCUGUCAACACUGAAGAGCAAUCCUACCACUCCAGUUAGUAAACCCUGCCUCAAGACCCCAGAGAGAAGGACUCCAGCCUCUGAUAUGUCUGGUUCCAAGGGCAAAAGCCCCGCUUUGAGUUUCAGAACACCUACAUCAGGACAGUCAACACCUACUGGUUUCUCAAAGAAUUCGAUUAAAACAAAGAAACACUUCUCGCAACUAAAAUUGUUGCUUAGUCAAAGUGAAUCCCAAAGGACUCCUACAAUGGAUUUCAGAAAUUUCUUAUCUUCUCUAUGA